UCUAUUCCUGCUGCGAGUACAGAACGACACGGGCCAGCAGCUGUUAGAGUAAAGCUGCAGAUAAUCAGUGGGAGAAGCGGUGAAUCUAAACAAAAAAUAAAUAAAAAGCAGCACCCUCCUCCCCGCGGAAUGAAUCAAGGUGAAGACAUGCAUGCGCCGUAGGCCGUAAAGGGUCAACAGACAGCGGGGACAGGCGGCGAUCGAGGCGAUAAGGGAAUAAGAAACUUUGCUGCAGUCCUUUCAGAAGUCACCAUGGAUAAAAAAACAGAAUACAAUGUUCUUAAGAAGAAAAUUAAGGAACAGCACCUUGGGAUCACGGCAGGUGGUGAUUCUAGGUCAAUGUUAUCAUUGGCCUUGGAUUGUGAAAGCCUUUGCACGAGUGAUGAGCAGCUAACAUCACACCCAGAAACAUAUAACAACAGCAUGAGCUUUUGGGGAGACACCCCUAUCAUCACAGUCACAGAAGAUUCCGUUUUUUCUGAUCCUCUAGAACAGAAGAAACUAUCCCUAGAGGGAGAGCAGGUCAGCCUCUGCCAGAUUAAGGUUGAAAUGAAGGCGACCAAAGACAAAGAGAUGGGGCCAGAGUUUGCACUUAAGGUUCACCAUGAACAUGAAGAUGAAGUUAUGGGGACCAUAAGGUCCGCCAAUGACGCACUAGACCCUUUGGAAAAGGAGUGGAUUUAUUCUGCAGCCUGUGGAAGGCUCCCAGUGUUAUCUCACCUCUUAGAGCAGGAGCCAAAUCUGGUGCACAAAAAGGAUUUCACCUCUGGGACAGGACUGCAUUGGGCAGCUAAACAUGGAAAAGAGGACAUGGCCAUUCUGCUGGCCAAUGCUGGAGUGGAUGUCAACACCAGAGCUCAUGGAGGCUAUACAGCACUACAUAUUGCAGCCCUGCAUGGUCAUUCUCAUAUCAUGAAGCUUCUUAUUGAUGUCUACGGAGCCAAAGAAAAUCUACGGGAUUAUAGUGGCCGUUUGCCUCACCAUUAUCUUAAAAUGCAUGAAUUGCAGGGCGAUGCAGAAUUCACAGUCUCUCAUGCUACUGAGCGCAAAAACAAAAAGUUGCCCACACUGUUCUUGCACAGGAGCAGUGGGACCUCGAAAAAGAAGUGGGGUUCUGCAGAAGAUCUGUCUAGUACAGAUGAAAGGGCUGGAACAUCUCAGACAUUGCUGUUGCCUCCUUUUAGGCCCAGGAAAUUCUCCAGAUAGCAGAAAUCCUCAAAGCAAAACUGUUUUUUAUGAAAACCAUUUUCAUAAUAGUUAUUUUACAAGUUUUUGUACCAAAGCUACAUUUUUUAAGUGCAAAUUCCAUUUUAAUGUUUUAAGGUUUGCUAAUAUACAAUUUUAUUUAUAAAUUACCUUUAUAUAUGUCAGUGUUUGUAUGUUAAACCAAAUAUUCCUACAUUUAUAAUAUUUAUUUUAUAUAAUCAUUACUGAUUUUAUGAUGGAUGUAUUUGUCUUUUUGUUAUAAUUGAAGGCUGCAAUACACAUACAUUGUUCAAAA